UAAAACGGUACGACUUGUUUUUCACUGCAACAUCCGGGCAACUACCGGCAAUAAGGUCACGACGGUUGCCAGAAUGUUUCGGACCGUUUGCAAGAGUCUUGGAAAGAAGCAAGGGGCGACCCAGUUGUAUGGAUUAAACAGACUGAGUUUAAAUCAGGCCAGAUGUAACACUUCCUCCACCUCAGUGCAGACCACAGACAGUAAGGCCCCCUCGGAUCCACCCCUGUGGAAGGAGGAGGAUGGGUGGGUGGUUUUGGAUCCGCCCACAGAUAACCAGGUGGUGGAGAGACUGGCCAAGCAGGAAGACUGGACAAAUGUCCACUACAUGACCCGCCCCGACCUCUCUCAACAGGAGAAGCAGUGGUUCAGGGAGGCUUAUAACAACCCCACGAAACUCUACCCCCCAGAGAAAUUCCUACUGAAACGUGGAGGUAAUGUGUGUGUGGAGUAUGUUCGUAUUCCUGUUGGAGCCACCAAGCGUCAGAUGAUUGAGAAGAGCUUUGUGCCCCCGGAGGAUGAGAAGGACAUUGCUCCGUUUGACCUGAGGAAGCAGUGGGCCUGGGCUAACAAGGUACUGUUUGGUCCCCAGAGAGACAUGAAGAACUUCCCCAGCUUCGUGAACCCCGGUCAGGUGCCCCAGCCAGAGACCGCUCAUAAGUUUGUACCGAGGAACGUGUUUGAUGCAAUGCAGCCCUACAGCGGAGUCACAGGAUUCUACGUACUCACUGCUGGUGGUUUCUUUGCUGCCAUUGCUAAGGGUGUCCUUAUUGUCAGCUACCCCCUGGCUUACUUCUAUUACUUUGGCAUUCUGUGGGGCUUUACCAAACUACCCCCUGUUAGGAGGUUCCUAGAUAACAGAGUACCAUUCCUAGCUCAGAAACUAAAUGACAUGUAUUUCCAUCAACCAAUCCAAAACAAGAAAGAUCACAUCAGUGCGUGUAUCGCUGCAGCACAACAAACAAAGGACAUGAUCCAACAACUUCCUAAACUCUACGACGUCCAGAUGGAAAACAUUGAAUUACAACUAGAAAAUAACUACAGAGAUAGACUUAAGGACGUCUACACUGAAGUCAGAGCCCGCUUGGACUGUCAGUUAGCACUAGGAGCCACAAAAGUGGAGCUUGAAAAAGAUCACAUGAUCAACUGGAUUACAGAUCAAGUUGUUAAGAACAUCACCCCAGAUCUGGAGAAGAAGAACAUUCAGUCCUGCUUGUCACAGCUGCAGUCUCUCUCCCAGACCGCCAAAAUCUAGAGGAGUGGGGGCCUAUAUAUAGAUCUAGAUAGGACUCUGUGAUAAUUACAGACAGUGUGGAGUUAUUUAUAGAACUGAUACAGCAAGUGUACAGGAUUUAAGGACAAAUUGUUAUAUUGAAUGAUAAACAAAAAUUAAUGUGUGUUGAAUGUGAAUCAAUAUUCAAUAAACACAGUGUUUACAAAA